UAAUACAAGCAGGAUUUUCGACGGACGGCCUUCAGGGCUACAUGAGUAAUUUCAUUUUACGGAUGCGCUCCGUCACAAUCGAACCCCCGAAACUACCCCUCAACCACAGAGAUCGCGGCCGCGCCAUCUUUCUCCGCUCCGCUCAACCCAUGGACGCUGCAGAGCAGCCACUCAAGAAGCGGAAGCUCUACGAGCAACAACCAGAAGAACCUCCACCAAAAACUCUGGACGAGUCACCUACCACUUUAGCACCACCACUUUCUCAAGAAGAAAUUAACGCGAGACGGAGAAACAGAGAUGAGAUUAAGAGCGUCUACGAAACUUACAAGCGCCUCAAGUUGUUUGUUUCUCAGAAAGAAGGACGUCACAUGCCUGACCUCGAACAAUCUUAUCUCGCACUCAUUACUGCUUCAAGAGGUUGUACUAGUGUGCAACGAAUUGUAGCUGAUCUUAUUCCUCGAUAUGCUUCACACUGUCCGACUGCUCUUGAAGCAGCGACUAAAGUUGUAAUCAACAUGCAUAACUGGAGCUUGGCAGUGAUAAAUAGAGGAGAGGAUUUUGAUGGUGUUGCAAUGGGGACAGCUAAAGCAUGUAUUUUUGGUUUAGUUGAUAUCUGUCGAACUGCUUCUUUGGAAGCUCCAACAUCAGCUGUUAUUAGAGGCAUUUGCUCUGCGGUUUUUCAGAAUGUGUUGUCAUUCUUUGUGUCAUCGUUCGAGGGUAAGGAUAUCUUUCAGAUUGUUGAUAAGGAAACUUUGAAGAUACAAGAUGAUCUCAAGCUCUUUUCGGAGUUGAAGGAAAAGUUUGAUGAUGAGGAUGGAAUUUCGUUGGUUAAAUUGUCCAAGUUGUGUGCCUUAAGUAUGCUCUGGAUUUUCUUUUCUUGCCCUAAAGAUUUGCUUGCUGCGUGUUUUGAGCUCUUUAAAUCAACUGUUCCAGAAAGAGUCCAAGAAAGACACUAUUUUCUUAGUCAGGUGACCAGCAUUAUAGCUGAUGAUGCUGUGCCUCUGGCUAAUACAAGUGAUGGAACUACCUCUCGUGAAGGAUCUGUUGGACCAUGUGCCAAAAGCUAUGAUGUUAGGGGCGAGUUGCCUUUAGAUGGUAACCAUGUUUCAGAAGAUGCAUCUUCAUCAAAGAGAUGCUUGUUGAGACUGGUCCUUGGCAAUAACGCAUCUUUGAGAAACUGGAUGUUCUCAAGGUACAAGAAGUUGUGCAACAUGACAUCUUUUAUAGCUGCAUCAGACAUUAGAUCUGCUCUAGAAGGAAUCUGUAAAUCAUUUGCAGAAUUCAAUAAACUAGAUGACAGUCAAAUUGACAGUGACGGGGAUGAUUCUGAUCCAUCAAAAUCUGUAAAUCGACAAUUUCCGGUUCCUAGGAUGUCUAAUGAACAUGAAGUCUCUGGUGAACCAGCUGGUACUGGUCAUCAUAAAGGAGGGUCAAGGUCCAUGGAUCUCGAGAUGAAUCACCUUGGAGACUCUUCACAUGGCAGGUCUUCCAUGCCUAGGGAUCUAUUAAACCAAUCUGUGCUUUCACCUGCUAAAAGAACUCCAUUAGACUUCAGGAGCAAUUCAUUUGAUGGUAGAAGCUUUAAUGUCCAUGUGGGCAAAAAUCCAGCUUCAAAUAUGGAGUUUGGUCUGCCUGCCUUGAGAUCUCCCAGUGGAGGCAUAAGUAAUUCUUUUUCUCCUAAACAUCAUUUGGCAGCUCCAUAUGGUUCCAUAGCUGAAACUGUUUGGUUCUGCGAUGGGGACCCAGCUGCAAUGGAUGUUUUUUCUGCUUCUAGACAGCUUUGGUUGGGUUCUUUAGGUCCAGAUGCAUCUGAAGCUCAUAUGAGGUAUGAGCUUGAGAGGUUUGGUCCUAUAGAACAAUUUUUCUUCUUUCCAGUCAAAGGAUUUGCCUUGAUUGAGUAUAGGAACAUAUUUGAUGCCAUUAGGGCUCGGGAGUAUUUGCGUGCCCAUUUCCCUUGGUGGAUCAAAUUCAUGGAUAUAGGACUGGGAGCCAGGGGUGCUAUGAAUGGUGUUGCUGUUGGUUCCAGUUGUCAUGUUUAUGUUGGACAUAUUUCAAGCCAAUGGGCUAGGGAUGAAAUUCUGCAUGAAUCAAGGAAAGUGAUUUUCAAAGGGCCACGCAUGGUCACUGAUCUCACCAAUGAAGGAGCAGUACUGAUGGAGUUUGAAACUCCUGAAGAAGCUACUGCUGUGAUGGUACAUCUCAGGUUGCAUCGUAAAGGACAACUCCACCACGUGCCUGCUUUGAAUGAUGGAUCAGCUAAUGCUGUGUUGCCUCAGUUAGAUGGUACAAGAUCAGCAUCAGCUGCUAUCCAUGCUGACAUAAGAACCAAUCACUCAGUUAGUAUGUUCAAUAGUGCAACAGAAUCGCCUCGUACCCAAAAUGUACCCCAGAGUCCUGCUGACAACUCUAGGACAAGGAUGUCUAAUUUAUCUUCCUUACUUGCUUCAUUGCGUGCAAAAUAUAAUAUUAAUCAAAACCCAAAUUAUUUUGACAACUAUGUACCUGGAAGCAGCGUGGCUCCUUCUUCGAGGGAUGCUGAUCGAGAGCCAUCAAGCACACUUUGGAUUUGUCUUCCAAAUGUCAAUUCCCCUUCCCUUAAUGAUGAUGAGCUGAUGGCUGUUUGCAAUCUUGCUAUUGCCAAUGUAGGGUCUAUAGUCAAAUUGACACGAGCAAAUAUGCAUUUAGGGUGUGGUUGGUUUCUUGAAUGCACCAAUGUUGAUGCUGCAAUCACUGUUUUGAAAAAUCUCCGCAGUUGUCAUGGGACAUUCUUUCAGAUUGAGUUCAGUCAGCCAGAAAAGAAUGCUGCUGCAUUCUCAAUCAAGCCUGAAGGUGGCUCCACAGAGCUUGUAUCCCCACAAAUAAAAUCAGAGAAUCACGCAACUCCUGUACAAGUUGUACAUUCAUUUGGGGUGGUGGAUCCAUCGCCAGGAGGUGGUGGUCAUGCUGUUCCUGCUGCACCUGAACCGAUGUGGAUGUACAAGAACAAUGAAAUUGAGCUGCUCCAGCCACCUGCAAGCAUUUCAUGUGCUCCUACAGGAACACAUGGACCACCAAUACCGCCACCACAGCAAUUCCAGCCACCUACAUUUAUGCGACCCGUUUACCUUCCUCCAAACAAUUCAUGGGAUCCACGAGGCUUAAAUCAUGUUGCACUGAACCCAAUCUCACCAGCAACAAUGUCAAAUAGCUUUCAAGGAAGCUCUGUUGCAUCUCCUUUUAUACCUGCUUCUGUUACUCCACUAGCACAGGUACAGCGGGCCCCAGUGCAGCACUUGGACCAAAUGUUUCCCAGAUCUGCUGUACCGCCAACUUUAUCAUCUAUGCCACUUCAGCCUGAAAUACCCCCACCACUGCCUCCAUCUCCACCACCUGCUCCUCCUCCACCUAGUUCCCCACCUCCACCUCCACCUGUUGCAGAAUCAACAGAUGCAGAAAGUUCUGGAAACUCUAUGUUAUAUCAGUGGCAGGGCACAUUAUGCAAAAGCGGGGUUCAUUACUGUAAAAUUUUUGCGCAAAGAGUGGAUUCAGAUAUUUGCAAGUAUUCAGAUGCCAUGUCUGAACCUGCUGGAUGGCCUGCUAAACUAGACAUGACGAAACGCACAGUUUUUCGGCAUGUAAAAUCAACAUUUACAAGUACCCCACCACACAAAAGGGAAGUAUGCCGAUUGAUCCCCUUGUCUGCAAAUGACCAAAAGGGUUUUCAGGAUUUCAUAUCAUAUUUGAAGCAGAGGGAAUGUGCAGGAGUAAUUAAAAUCCCAUCUGGGAAAUCCAUAUGGACAAGGAUUCUCUUCAUCCUUCCCUACUCCCAAGAUACUUGUGCCAUGCUCUCAAUUGCUCCCGAUACAUCAAACUGCCUGAUUGGUUUAGUUUUGCCAAAAGAAACAAACUUCGACUGGUGCAUUGCAUCUGUUAACUGGAUAAAGAAAAUCAUGUCACGCCGUUACUCUCAAAACAACAACAGGCAGCAACAACAAGAAUGGAGAAGCAAUAACAGCAGUAAUUUCUCCAAACCACAAACCAAAUUCGUCCCCAAAAAUCAAAACCCCAACUCCAACCCUACUCUAUCCGAUUCUCUAAGGCAAUCUCUCUCAAGUCAAUCCGAUGCCGCCGCCGCCGCUCCAGCAUCGAGCGGUAAUAUUGGCGCAGGGGAGUCGUCGAGUAGGAUUCAAAUGAGAGAUGACUGGGCGUGGAUGUCUAGAAAAGCUGUAGCUGGUGUUCAGGGCGGUGGAAAAUUUGUAACUUACUUGCCGCAGGAUGAGGCUGUGGCUGCGGGACUCGGUGCCGAUGAAGGAGGGUUGGAUCCAGUAGAAUCACAGAGAGUCGUUGAUCUUUUGAGUAGAGAAUUAUCUCGGUUACUCAAGUUGAAACCUAAAGAAUUUUGGAAAGAAGUGGCUAGUGAUGUGUCUUUGCAUGAUUUUCUGGAUAGCUUCUUGAAAUUUAGGAGCAGAUGGUAUGAUUUCCCACAUCGUGGAGUCAAAGGAAUUGUUGCAGGGGUAAUUGUUGGAGAGCUUGACUUAUGUCGCCGUGUUUUCAUGGUAUUGUAUCGCAUAUCUUCCAAUAGGGCUCCGGGUGUCGAGGCCACGGAAAGCUUGAACUCAAAGGAUCAUACUGUCCUCUUGCAGGAAAAGAAGUUACUGGACUUGCCUAAGUUGUUGGAUAUAUGUUCCAUUUACGGUCAUGAAAAUGAAGAACUGACCGGAUUGUUGGUCAAGAAUGCCUUGAAAGCCCAGCCUUGGCUCCAUGAUGAUCUGGCCACUUUAGUGACCCAUUUCCUGGGCAUCAUUCACACAAUGCAUCAACGUUGCAUCUCAUCUUUGGAGGUAUUAUUUUCUGCUGGAAGCCAUGAAGACCAUCGAUCCAGCCCGCUUCUAACUGAUUACUUAGAAGUGAUGGACUUUAUAAAUGAUGCAAUUGUCUCCAUGGAUGCUUUUGUUACAGCAUAUGAAUCAGCAGCUGUGUUCUUUUCAUGCCCUGUUGAAAUGAGUCAUGGGAAUGAGGAAAUGCUGAUCACCCUUGCAAGAUUGCAUGAUACUUUAAUUCCAGCUUUGCAGCGAGGCUUUCGAGUCAUCUUGACAGGAGGGGAUGAUAGAAUGAUAUUGAAUGUCGCGGUUAGUUUAAAGAUGUUAUCAAUGAGGCUGUCCAAAUUUGGAUGGAAAUUGUUGGACACUUGCUAUUUAAGUGAUCGAGUUUUUGAAGAUCACCUUCCCAUUCCCCCUGUAACAAAGAUGUUUCCUGCAAAAGUAGAGGAUCCCAUCAUAAGGACAGACAUAUUGAUUCAGACUUUUAGGGAGAUCAAUGGAGUUCUCCUUGGUGCUCAGGAAAACCAGAGCAAGGUUUCAUUCCUUCAGAAUCUUGAUAGGAAUCAUCAUAUAAUGAGUAGGCUUCGGAGUUUACAAAAUUCCGGGUGGAUUUUCAUGGAUGAUGAACAGCUCCAGUAUUUAUCUGGGAUAAUGGCUUCUAAUCUGAAAGGCACCAUUAAGGAGUCACCUGCUCUUCCAACUGCCACUGCGAGCAACAAAGUACAGAUGGGUGAAGAUGCUGCCAUCAUGGAGUCCAAAAUCAGUCAAAUAAAGGACCUUUUUCCUGACUAUGGUAAAGGGUUCCUAGCUGCUUGUCUUGAAGCUUAUAAUCAUAAUCCAGAGGAGGUCAUUCAGAGGAUACUAGAGGGGACCCUCCAUGAAGAUCUAAGGUGUUUGGAUACUUCAUCAGAGACAAUGCCACUGCCCAAAACUGCUUCAACUGUGGGCAAGAAAGAUAAAGGAAAAGGAAAGUUGGUUGAAUCUACACUUCCUUCAACAACAUCACUGCACUCUGUUAAUCCAGUGGUCCCAGUGGAGCAGCGACAAGUUGAGGGUCCCUCUGUUUCGUCAUCAUCUACAACUGGAAGGUUUGUCAGGAAGCCUAAUGACAUGCCUGGUCACUACACCACUGACAGCAGAGAUCACAAGGCUACUGCAAGGAUGGCUGCUCUAAUUUCACAGUAUGAAUACGAAGAUGAGUAUGACGACUCCUUUGAUGAUCUGGGUUUCAGUGUUGCCGAGUCCGGGGUGGAGGAGAAUGAACUAUUAGGUAACAGAAUAAACACUAAUUCAGGGAUAUCAUCAGGGACCAAAUCUGAAACCUCUGCUCAGAACUCUCCUAAUACUAAAUGGGGCUCCAGGAAAAAGCCGCAAUAUUAUGUGAAGGAUGGAAAGAACUAUAGUUACAAGGUUGCAGGUUCAGUCGCAGUGGCAAAUGCCACUGAAGCUUCUCUUAUUAAUCAAGUACACGGAGAACAAAUUCAUGGUCUUGGACGUGGUGGUAAUAUUCCCCUAGGUGCAACUAAAAAGUUGGUCGAGUAUCAAGAGAAGGAUCGGGACCAGUCUGAUGAACCCGAGACGGAAGGGAGAGGGAAUACAGGGAAUUACAGGGAUCGGGCCUGGGGCAGAGGAAGUAAGGGAGGAGGAAGGCUGGGGGAGUCAAAUGAUGUCCAAGACAACCAGUCUGAUGGCUCUGAGAUUCAAGGGAGAGAAAAUACUCCUAACCAUAGAGGUAGAGGCCGGGGAAGAGGAAGAGGAAGUAAUCAUAACUACAGGAAGGAUAGAGCCAUGAGUAAGCACUUCUCUGGAUUGUCUGGUUUCUAAGUGCUCGUGGGAUGUUCAAUGCUUACACAACCAUGUAUAAAAAAAAAAAAAAAGAAUUUAUGGUGAGAUAUACAAUGUUCGACUGCUUCAUACAGCUGUAUAGUCGGGCUGCUGUUUGCGUGGCCUGGACUGUGGUCAACAUUUUUGUGGCAUUUUAUAUCAGGGACACUCUUUCCUGGUGCCUGUUU